CUAAGACAAACCAAGGCCACCACAAGUCUUCUUUGCCCUUUCUUUCAUCUUGGUUUUCUCUCCCCCCCCCCCCCCUCUCUCCCCCUCCAGCUCUUGUUUGCAUGAUUCAGUAUAUUACAACAAGUUAGCUUUAACCUUGUUGAGUGAAUGAUCAUCCAAGUCUUGGCUCAACUUGGUUAGGGAACUUGAUUUGGAGAGCGUGUGAGAGAGAUUGAGAUAGGAAAUGGAAAGGCCAAACUUUGUUGAGAAUGGAGGGCUCAGAUUGCCUAUUGGAUAUAGGUUUCAUCCAACGGAUGAAGAGCUUGUUGUUCAUUACCUGAAGCGAAAGGUCCUUGGUCUUCCAUUGCCAGCUGCUGUCAUUCCUGAGUUUGAUGUAUUCCAAACCGAUCCUUGGAGCUUGCCAGGUAAUUUGAAGGAAAAGAGGUACUUCUUUAGCCAAAAGAAGUUGAAUGACUUUGGAACAAAAUGCAAGAGAUCCGCUGGUUAUAUACCUUCUGGUUACUGGAAACCCGUUGGGAAAGGCAAGCAAAUUGUAGCUUCUGGUAGCAACCAAGCAGUUGGAAUAAGGAAAACGCUGGUUUUCAGAGAAAGAAAUCAUUCUAGUAAGACUAGAACUCAAUGGGUGAUGCAUGAAUAUUGCCUUGUAGGCUUGCCAACAGACCCCAAAACCACCCAGAUGAAAGUGGGAGAUUGGGUUGCUAACAGUAUAUUUCACAGGAAGAGGAAACCUAAAAACCAUGUGGUCAUGAUUUCCAACCCUUCAAACAUUAACAAGAGGCAAAAUGUCGAGAUUAUUAGUCCUAGUUUCAUGGAUUUUAUGAUGGAACAAAGCUCUGAUGAAGCUGGUGCUCCUUCACAAUGUUCAAGUGGAAUCACCGAGGUAUCUUCUAAUGAGUUUGAUCAGGAAGAAAUCAGUUCCUUCAUUAGCCUGUUUACUUAUCCUUGUAAGAGGAAGAGGACUUGAAAUUUCCUCCGCAGGGAACUCUGUAUCAGAUGAAUCAGAUAUUGUACGUGCAACAGUGAUCAGAAUGACUAAAAAUGAAAAGAAAAGGCAUUCAAUUUGUCCAUGGACUUUACACAUAUUCAGGCCUGUCUAUCUAAUUCAUGAAAUUGCUUGUGGUGUUA